AUGGAGCAGCUGAAUAAACCCCACCGGGGCAGCGACGGGAAGAAAAAUACAGCAAAGAAGAAGCUUCAUCAAAAUGGGCACAAUGCCAAGGCUUUUGCCGUGGCAGCACCCAAAAAGCUCGAAAAAAUGGCCAGAAGAACACACGAUGUUAAUGAAAAACGGUACCACGUCCCUAUGGUGGACAGAACACCAGACGAUGAUCCGCCACCGGUGAUCAUUGCCGUGGUUGGGCCUCCCGGAACAGGAAAAACGACGUUGAUCAAGAGUUUGGUGAAGAAAUUGACCAAAUCGAGUCUCACUGAAGUCAAGGGUCCCAUCACUGUGGUGAGUGGAAAACGCCGUAGACUUACGUUUAUGGAAGUCAACAACGAUCUCAGCUCGAUGGUUGAUGCGGCCAAAAUCGCCGAUUUGGUGUUGUUGCUCGUGGAUGGUAAUUUCGGUCUUGAGAUGGAAACCAUGGAGUUCCUCAAUAUCGCCCAGCACCACGGUAUGCCCAGAGUUUUGGGUGUCGCAACACAUCUCGAUUUGUUCAAGAGUCAAAGUACUCUCAGAACUUCAAAGAAACGUUUGAAGCACAGAUUCUGGACAGAGGUGUACCAGGGAGCUAAGCUUUUCUACCUUUCAGGUGUGCUCAAUGGAAGAUACCCCGACCGAGAGAUUCUCAAUCUUUGUCGAUUCAUAUCCGUCAUGAAGUUUCGUCCGUUGAAGUGGCGUAACGAGCAUCCUUACUUGCUAGCAGACAGAGUCACCGAUUUGACGCAUCCUCAGCUGAUAGCAGAGAACCCAAAAACAGACAGAAAAGUGGCCAUCUACGGCUAUCUUCACGGCACACCAUUGCCAUCACAAAAUGCACACAUUCAUAUUGCUGGAGUUGGCGAUUAUCAUGCCCACAGUGUGGAGAAACUCCCUGACCCUUGUCCUACUCCAUACUUCGAACAGAAGCUUGAUGAGAUAGAAAGAGAAAGGGCCAAGGCUGCCGCAGAGACCGGUGAAGAAGUAGCGCCUACCAGAAGAAGACGCAGAAAGAGACUUGAGGAUAAGCAGAAGAUCAUCUAUGCCCCGAUGUCCGAUGUUGGUGGUGUUCUCGUUGAUAAGGAUGCUGUGUACAUCGAUGUGGGAGACAAGCAGUCUUUUGUUCCUGGUGAGGAGACUGGCGAAGGUGAAAAGUACGUCACCGGAUUGCAAGAUGUCCAGAAGACAAUGCACGAGCGUUUUGCCGAGGGCCCAGGUCUCCAGUUGUUUUCGAACUCAGCUCAAAUUGAGGAAGCUGAAUCCAGCGAGCUGGAAGAUGAGCAGGGACUUCUUCAAGAGGACAAGGGCAGAAAGGCAAUGAGAAAGCCUCGUUUGUACGGCAAGUCCGUGGCCGAGGAUGACGAGUUUGACGAUCUUGAGGACGUUGGAUCCGAUGUUGAAGAGGACCAGCCAAAGAUGGUUGACAUCGAUUUUGGCGAUGCCGCUAAGGAUGUGGAGUACGCUGAAGACUCGGCUUUGUCUUCUGAUGAAGAAAACGGAGACUACGCUUCCAUGGCCAAAAAACUCAAAGGAUCAGUGCAACGUCGUUGGAACAUCAACCGUCUUUUGUAUUUGGACAACAUCGAUCCAGCUGAAGCCAUCAAAAGGUGGAAGCAGGAGGUUGUUCAGGAAGAUGACGAAGAGUCUGAUAUUGAGGAGGACGAUGAGGACUUUUUUAAGAAGAGAGACAGCAAAACCCAGUCUGAGGACUUGGAUACCUUCAUCCCCAGCUAUCCUUCUGUGGACGAGCUCAAAGCAAAGUUCGAUUCAUCAACGAUUGAGGACAGCGAUGAAGAAUAUGAAAAUGGCUACCGUGUGUUGAAGGACCGUUUGUUGGCAGCACCUAAACUUAAUGAUGAAGAGAAAAAGGAAGGUGAUGAUGAGGGCGAUGAUGACGAAGAAGUCUAUGGUGAUUUCGAAGACCUUGAAGGCGAAGAUGGCGGCGAUGGAGAGGACAUGGGCGAUGAUAUGGACGAUGAAGACGGUGAUGAGGAUGGCGACGACUUUGCUGAUUUCGAGGCUGAGGAACAAAAGGAUGAGGAUCCCGAAGAAGACGAGAACAUGACGGUUGAGGAAAAGAGAGAACUCAACGCAGCCAAGAAGGCAAAACUCAAAUUGCAAUUCGAAGACGAAGAAGACAGAGAGUUUGGUGCUGACGAUCCAGAAGGUGAUACUGAGGCCGACACCUGGUACGAAUUCCAAAAGAACAAGAUGGCCAAGCAGUUGGAGAUCAACAAGGCCGAGUAUGAGGAGAUGGACCAGGAGACGAGAACCAAGAUCGAGGGUUACCGUGCUGGCUCCUACGUCAAGAUCGUUUUUGAAAACCUCCCAUGUGAGUUCGUUGAAAACCUUGACCCAGAGUACCCUAUCGUCUUGGGUGGUCUUUUGGCCACCGAGUCCCGUUUCGGUAUCAUGAACGUCAGAAUCAGAAGACACAGAUGGCACAAGAAGAUUCUCAAGUCGCAAGAUCCUUUGAUUCUUUCUCUCGGUUGGAGACGUUUCCAGACCAUCCCCAUCUACACCACCACAGACUCGAGAACGAGAAACAGAAUGUUGAAGUACACUCCUGAGCAUGCUUACUGUUUUGCCUCGUUCUAUGGUCCUCUUGUUGCUCCUAACACUACAUUCGUUGGAUUUAACUUGGUGGAUCAGACUUCCACAACUGGGUCCUUCAGAGUUGCAGCCACAGGUGUCGUGGAGGACCUCAACUCCUCGGUGGAGAUUGUGAAGAAGCUCAAGCUUGUUGGUCAUCCAUACAAGAUUUUCAGAAACACUGCCUUCGUGAAAGACAUGUUCUCGAACUCAUUGGAGGUCGCCAAAUUCGAGGGUGCAGCAAUCAGAACCGUUUCAGGAAUCAGAGGUGAAAUCAAGAGAGCGCUUUCCAAGCCCGACGGUUAUUUCCGUGCCACUUUUGAAGACAAGGUCUUGAUGUCUGACACAAUCUUCCUCAAGACAUGGUACCCUGUGAAGGUCAAGAAGUUCUACAACCCUGUCACCUCACUUCUAUCCAGCAAGCACAACGACUGGAAGGGUAUGAGACUCACGGGUGCCGUGAGAGCUGAAAACGGCAUUGCCACACCAUUGGAGAAGGACAGUUCUUACAAGAAGAUUGAGCGUGAAGAAAGAAGAUUCAACAAGCUCAAGGUGCCCAAGCUGAUCAAGAAGGAUCUUCCAUUCAAGAGUCAGAUCCAUGAGGCCAAGCCACAGCUGAAACAAACCUACAUGGCCAAGAGAGCCGUGGUGAUGGACGGCGAUGAGAAGAAAAUGAGAGAUCUCGUCAACAAGAUCAACACCCUCAAGAGGGACAAGGAUGUCAAGCGUAAGGCUAAAAAGAGCGAGAAGUUCCUGGAGAAACUCAAGGAGAUUGCCAAGAAGGAGGAAGGCAAGAAAGAAAAGGAGCGUGAGAGAAAGAAGGAGUACUUUGCCAAGCAGGGUAAGAAGAGACAGUUGGACUCCAGUGAGGGCGCCUCUGCAGCUUUUGGCGGCAAGAGAAGACGCUAG